AAAAGCCGCCAAUUGCAAAAAUCUCAACAAAGUGUUGGCGAAGCUGUCAAAAAUAGCAUCCUUUGUUUAUUAAAUGGAACCCCGCUGGACACAGAGCACUGCUUCGUCACUUCUGAGUCUGGUUCAAAACAGGAAUUUCAAUUCAAUCAUUGGUUAUAUUAAUUGGAAGCGUAUAUGGUCGAACCGGGCAGUUCUCUGAGUUCAGUUUAUUUUUGCAUCAUGAAGGUAGUGGUUGCUCUGUUGGUGCUUUGCGUGGCAGCUAUUAAUGGAGCCGGUGGACAGUCAUUCUUCGGAAGCGAGCCGUCCGAUGAUUAUUACCGUAGGAACGAUGUUUUCGAUUGUCCAUCAAGAUAUUACCCACCAGUGCCUUUUCUGAACGCAUUUUCAGCCGAUAAUGCUCCCGCUGUCGCCGGUGGCGUAAGGGCUUUCGAUGGAGAAUACCAACAUAUGGUUGCAAUCGGAUGGGAAUUCAACGAUGGUAUCAAAUAUUUAUGUGGAGGUAGCAUUAUUCACAGCAAGUUUAUUCUGACAGCAGCACAUUGCUCCCUUCCAGUCAAUGGGUAUUUAUUGAAAAAGGAUUAA